ACUUGCCACUCACCUCCCCCCAAAUAAAAAGAGUCCUUGGCUCAACAUAAGGAAGCUGUUUCCGAUAGUCAGGCUCUGCUCAACCAUGACCUGGGGAUGAGCACCCCGUCUAUGGAAGAGUGCAAGCAGACACUGGACAGCAGCAUGUUGGAGAUGGGAUAUUUGCAGGGCACCCCUGUCCAGGUUGGCAGUUGAGCCAGGCAGGCAACCGCUGAGACCCCUCCCAACUCCAGCACGUCAGGAAUCCAUGGCUGAGGGUGCCUUAGGAUCUCUCAAUGGGGUGGCUUGGCUCUGGGCUCACAUUCCCUGUGAGCUGCCUGAUCCUGGUGUGGGCAGCAGGCUCUGGGAGUGUUCGGCCCACCUGCUUCUCCGACUACCUGAGCACCUCCACCUGUGAGUGGGAGAUGGGCAGUGCCGCCAACUGCAGCGCCGAGCUCCGCCUCACCUACCAGCUGGACUUUCCGGACUCCGAAAACCGCACGUGUGUCCCUGAGAACAAGGGGAGUGCAGUGUGCCUGUGCCACAUGCUGAUGGAUGACAUAGCCAGUGGGGACACCUACCAGCUGGACCUUUGGGCUGGGCAGCAGUGGUUGUGGAGUGGCACCUUCAGGCCCAGUGAGCAUGUGAAACCCAGGGCCCCCAGAAACCUCACGAUUGACAACAGCGCCUCGGGCCAGUGGCAGCUGACCUGGAGCAUCCCGUACUCUCAUGAGAGCUUCCUGCACCUCGAGCUCUCCUAUAUGGUCAACAUUUCCAAUGACAACGACCCCACAGAGUUCGUAGUCUACAAUGUGACCUACUUGGAGCCCAUCCUCCGCUUCUCAGCCACCACCCUAAAGCCUGGGGCUUUCUACAGCGCACGGGUGAAGGCCUGGGCUCAGGGGUACGACAGCCUGUGGAGUGAGUGGAGCCCCAGCGUCAAGUGGUUUAACUACUACACGUGGCCCUGGGAGCAGCACCUCCCACUCGCCGUCAGCGUCACCUGCAUUGUCAUCCUGAUCAUCUGCCUGUUCUGCUAUUUCAGCAUCAUCAAGAUUAAGAAAGAAUGGUGGGACCAAAUUCCCAACCCGGCCCACAGCCGCCUUGUGGCUAUUGUCAUCCACGAGUCUCAGGCGCCACCGUGGGGGAAGAGGGCCGGAGGCCAGGAACCAGCCAAGUGCCCACACUGGAAGACUUGUCUGGCUAAGCUCCUGCCCUGUUUGCUGGAGCAUGGCGUGGGCAAGGCUGACAGUUCCUCCAAGGCUGCAAGAAGCGGGCCUGUCCAGGGUCCUGGAGGACCAGCGUGGCGCCCUGUGGAGGUCAGCAGGACGGUCCUCUGGCCAGAGAGCAUCAGCGUGGUGAAGUGCGUGGAGCUGUUAGAGGCCGCGGUGGAGAGCGAGGAGGAAGCGGGCGAAGGUAGAGGGAGCCUCUGCCCCUCGCCUGAGAGCAGCGGGGGCUUCCAGGAGGGCAGGGCGGGCAUCGCGGCCCGGCUGACAGAGAGCCUGUUCCUGGACCUCCUCGGGGGUGAGGAUGGCGGCUUUUCGCAGGGCUUCGGGGAGCCCUGCCCUCUUCCACCUUCAGGAAGCGUGAGCGCGCACAUGCCUUGGGCUGAGGAACCAAGUGAGGAGCCCCAGGAGCUGUCGCAUCAGGGGGGGGAGCAGCCUUCUGGCCCAGAGCCAACCCCUCCAGCCACUCUGACGCAGAGCCCAGACUGCCCGGCUGGCACAGAGCUGCCCGCUGUCGUCAUCACAGACAACCCCUCUUACCGCAGCUUCAGCACCCUGCCCAGCCAGUCCUCGGGUCCUGGAGAGCUUGACGCAGACCCACAGCUGGCCCCCUGCCUGGGGGAUGGGGACCCUCACAUGCUCUCUGCUCCCCAGCCCCCCGAGCCGGAAAGCUGGGAGCAGGCCCUCCGCCGGAGCGUCCUGCAGCACAGGGCGGCCACGGCCCGCGCCCCGGCCCCCGCCGGCGGCUACAGGCAGUUCGCGCACGCGGUGGCGCAGGGCUGCGGCCCUUCCGGGGAGGCUGGGUACAAGGCCUUCUCCAGCCUGCUCCCCAGCGGUGCCCUCUGCCCAGGCACGUCUGAGGUUGAGGCCAGCAGUGGGGAGGGGUGCUACAGGCCCUUUCAGAGCAUCACUUCUGGCUGCUCUGGGGUUCCCUCUUCAGUCCCCCUGUUCACCUUUGGACUGGACAUGGAGCCACCUCACAGCCCUCAGAACUCACCCCUCCGCAGCAGCUCCCCAGAGUGCCCCAGUCUGGAGCCAGUGGCAAAGGGAGAGGACAGCCAGAAGCUCCCACUCUUCUUGGAGCAGGCCACAGACCCCCUCAGGGAUGACCUGGGGAGUGGCAUCGUCUAUUCAGCCCUCACCUGCCACCUGUGUGGCCACCUGAAGCAGUGUCAUGGCCAGGAGGAACGUGGCAAGGCCCACGUUGUGGCCGCCCCCUGCUGUGGCUGCUGCUGUGGAGACAGGUCCGAGUCCCCAGUGAGCCCCCUGCCACCUGUGGUUCCACUGGAGUCUAACCUCCCUCUGGCCUCCCUGGUACCCUUGGGUGUCUCAGAGGAGGGCAAGUCCUCCCCGUUCUUUCAACCUGGCCCCAGCAAUGCUCAGAGCUCAAGCCAGACCCUCCAAAUGGUGGCCAUGCUCUCCACAGGCCCACACUCAUGAGCGCCUCCUAGGUGUGUGCCCUGUCGUUGCUGUGUGUGCCUUACCCAUGCCUGCGAAAUGCCUCCCCUUGGAAGGCAGCCAGUCUGGCAGAUUUCCCAAAGACUCCGAGAGCCCUGGUAUGAAGUGAAGUGGGCUGAUCCUGGGGCUACAGACUGAACUCCCCUGUUCCCAACACUGACUGGAGAUCAGCACAUGCCAUGGGAGGGGAAUGCGCUGGGGAGCUGUGCCUGCAGCAGUCAGCUGCCGGGACUGGGAGGUUCCUGGGCACCUUGGCUUAUGAACGAGCCAUUAGCCACUUGAUCGGUCCACAGCUUCUCCAGUGUACUGUCCCUGUCGUGCCCACCCAAAGCGUGUUUUGUCCUAGUCACUUGGUUGCCCAUGUCUUGCCCACUCCUGGGACUAGCUGCUGCCAUGUCACUAGAUUGGACACGGGGCCUAGAAACUAACCAAGCCAACGGGAGCACUGGGAGCCUUGGGAAACUGAUGGGCAGUUGACGUCCUGGGAGGGUGGUUAUUUGCCCACAGGGGCCCAUUCGUUCCACAGAGCUUCAGUAGGUCAACACAGGAGGCAGGAGCUGGGCUUGGAGGGGUGCUUAGUCAACUGGGGGUGACAGAAACACAAGAAAAAUGGUGAUUACCAAGCAGUAACAGUUUGCUGGGGGCUCCUGUUAAGUAUGGGGUCCCCAGAAUAACACACUCAGCUACCUUGGGGUCAAUCUGUGCCCCGUGGACACUGUUGCUGGCAGCCACAGAGACCAGAGGGAAAGCUUCACGCCCGAGACCAGCUGAGCUGGGCAUUCCAGAUGCCACACUAGGCACGUUUGCCUGCAUGCUGACCCGGACCUCAGCUUGAGUAAUGUUUGUGUGCGUCUCAAAGAUUGUUUUAAACCUGGUGUUUGUAUUUGUUGAGGAGGGUGGCAUGGGAGGGGGUGAAAUUUUAUAUAAAUAAAGGUUCUUUAUUUCUUUUUUUUUUACUUAUAAAACAAA